AGUGGGGUCUGCGCUGCACAGCCAGGAGUCGGAGUGUGGAGUUUAGAGGCCUGGGAGUCUCGGCCCUGUGCCUAGGUCUUGCCGGAGCCUUUUCCGGAUGGCCUAGCAGCCCCGUUUACCUAAUCCACUACCCUCUGUCUGUCUUUGUUCUGCGAGACGCCCCCGGGAGCCCAGGCAAUGGGCGGUGGGAGGGUCCAUGCUAGAACGCAAUCUCCUUGGCCUAGCCGCCAGCGCACACUUCUGCGGCCUUGGCUAGCUCUCCACCUCGCUACAGCUUCUCGGAAACAAAGGAACCCCACUCAGAGACAGUGCGGACUCAGAAGAAGCUAGGACCUUAUUUCCCACGGAUUCCCGUCUCUCCGGAAACACUGACAGCGUAUACAAUGAAGGAUAUUAUACUGGAGAGACCAAUAAUCCCCAAGAAAUGAGAAAUGGAGGAAAAGCGGCAAAGGUGGGAGUCCUGGAAGAGGCCUUAACAGGGAAAUAGGAUCUGCGGCCGGCUACAGGGUCCUAGUCCCCUCGCUUCAGCACCGGAGGGGAUGGACAGCGUCUCCCAACAGGGCGGCAGUCUUGGGGACCUAGCUGUGCUGCUGUUGGCUGCCUCUACUGCUGUUCUUGAGGCCACUGUCAUGAACAAGAGCUCUUGGCAGCUAAAAGGCGAUGCCGCCGGUUCCCUUUGAUGGAUGAAAAUCAACCCUCUUCAUUCUUCUGUCAUUAAUAGAAACCCGGCCUCACGGACUUAAACUCUGGGCAGCAACUUCAGAAAUAAUUUUAUGUGCGGGACUGGAAGGAAUGCAGGCGAAAGAGUGGAGUUGAAUUUCUCAGAAACAUCAAGGAACCAUGAGCAUUGCAGUAGGAGUCGAAAUGCUCAAAGGCCCACAGUUCUUUAAUUAACAACUUCCCUGACUGGAUUGCAGCUGUUGUGGAGAUAGCUUUGUGAGGGGUUGGAGAUACUAAACCCCAACAUUAGAGAAGCUGAAAAGACUUCAAUUCCUCUGCUCAGCAGCUUUAGGUACUGGGAUAAACUGAAACACAGAAGAGAAGAACAAAAACAACAACAAUGAAAAAGCCCCUGAUUUUCCACAAUGGAAUCCUAUGAAAGGAUCAAAAACUUGUAAUCUGCUCUCCAGGAUGUUGAGAUUGCCCAAGAGUUAACCCUGCAAAGGAAAAAUACCACUAUAGCUAAAUUCAAACCACAUCCUUCACAGUACCACAGCACAUGGAUUUCAGAACUACAUGUGAGGAGACGAAGACAGGGGUUUGCUUGCUUCAAGAUGGUAAUCAGGAACCCUUUAAAGUCCGGCUGCACCUUGCCAGAGACCUGCUGAUGCUACAGGAGCAAGAUGUGCUUUGUGUGUCUGGUGAGCCUUUCUAUUCUGGGGAAAGAACGGUGACGAUCAGAAGGCAGACAGUAGGAGGAUUUGGAUUAAGCAUAAAGGGAGGUGCAGAACAUAGCAUUCCAGUUGUCAUUUCCAAAAUCUCCAAGGAACAAAGAGCAGAGCUGUCAGGACUGCUUUUCAUCGGAGAUGCAAUUCUACAGAUAAAUGGAAUUAAUGUGAGGAAAUGCAGACAUGAAGAAGUGGUUCAGGUUCUUCGGAAUGCUGGGGAGGAAGUGACCCUGACAGUGUCCUUUUUAAAAAGAGCACCUGCUUUCCUCAAACUCCCACUGAAUGAAGACUGUUCAUGUGCUCCAAGUGACCAAAGCAGUGGUACCUCUUCUCCUCUUUGUGACAGUGGCUUGCACCUCAACUACCAUCCAAACAACACAGAUACACUUUCCUGCUCAUCGUGGCCCACAUCUCCAGGACUGCGGUGGGAGAAGAGGUGGUGUGACCUCAGGCUCAUUCCCCUACUGAAUGCCCGCUUCUCCCAGUACCUGCCUGGAACUGACCUGACUCGGCCAAACGCUUUCCAAGUUGUUGCUGUGGAUGGAGUCUGCAGUGGAAUUAUUCAAUGCCUCUCUGCUGAAGACUGCAUGGAUUGGCUCCAAGCAAUAGCAGCUAACAUUUCAAACCUCACAAAGCACAAUAGGGUUAACAGAAGCAAUAGCAUGGACAGCAUAUCAGAAAGCCCUGAUGCAAUUCACGUCCAGAUCAAAAAAAUCAACAGAAAUUUCCCUGUAAACCAGCAGAUAGUCUACAUGGGCUGGUGUGAAGCACGGGAGCAGGAAGUCCUCCAGGACCGUGUGUACACACCUGUCUUUCUUGCCUUGAGGGGCUCAUGUCUUUACAGGUUCCCAUCACCUCCAGUGACCACCUGGGAUUGGACACGAGCAGAGAAAACUUUCUCCAUAUGUGAGAUCAUGUGCAAGGUUCUCAAGGACAGUGACUUGCUGGAUCGGCGGAAACAUUGCUUUACUAUGCAGUCUGAAUGUGGGGAGGAUCUAUACUUCUCUGUGGAGUUAGAAAGUGACCUUGCCCAAUGGGAACGAGCCUUCCAAACAGCCACCUUCUUAGAAGUGGAGCGGAUACAGUGCAAGACCUAUGCAUGUGUGCUAGAGAGUCACCUAAUGGGCCUCACUAUUGACUUCAGCACAGGCUUCAUCUGCUAUGAUGCAGCAACAAAGGCUGUACUAUGGAGGUAUAAAUUUUCUCAACUUAAAGGCUCCUCAGAUGAUGGCAAAAGCAAAAUCAAAUUUUUGUUUCAGAAUCCAGAUACUAAACAAAUUGAAGCAAAGGAGUUGGAAUUUUCAAAUUUAUUUGCUGUUCUUCACUGUAUUCAUUCAUUUUUUGCUGCCAAAGUAGCUUGUUUGGACCCUCUAUUUUUAGGUAAUAAGGCUGCUGCUUCUACUGCUGCCAGCUCUGCUUCUACAAGCAAAGCAAAGCAUGUGGCUUAACAUGCUGAGUUCUACCUUAGAGUCCUCAGGGUCACUCCUCACUUCCACCCUGGGGAAACCACACUUUCACCAAGUCAACAGUGAAUGAAGUAAGACUGCAACCCCAGCAGAAGAAGGUCAGGAAGUAUCUGCAGCAUAUCUUACCCUGUAAGGCAUCUGCAAACAAUGCUGCAUAGGCAGAGCAGCCUAUUCUUUCUCCUCUGAUCUUUAUCAGGACAUAGAUGACCAUAUGUAUGGUUACAAAUGUUUGGUGUAAAGUAUGUAAAUAACAUAAAGUUGUAAGCUACCUAUAAAUAAAAAUGCCAGUUAAAUGGUUAUUUCUCUAUUUUAGAUUAUUUUGUAUGACAAAUGCAUAGUGGGCCAAAAUCAUGAACCAAUGCCAUAUCAUUGUAUUAAGAGUGUAAAGAAGUUUAAAAAAAAUGAAAGCAAGGCAAGUAGCAUGCAAAAAAAAAUAAUGAAGUUAAGACAUCAAAAACAGAAGUACCUUAACUUAUCCAUAUGAGUUACUCCCUGUGUUCCCAUCCUAUGGUUCCACAUGAGCACUCCAGUUCUGUUUACCUGAUUUUAAAUAUUAUGCAGAAUAAACAAAGACAAUUACAUUGGUCUGUGAUAACACACUAGGAAAUUAAACAUUUUUUCUUGGGUGAAUGUUACAAAAAUAUUUUAUAUUAACAAAUGGUACUAGUCAUGAAUGGCCAAAAUACUCAUGACUCUCCUGUUCUUCAUUGAAAUACAUUUAUUCUUAUUUUUUGCCUAAUGAGAUUUAUGAACAAACUAAACUUGCAUAAAUUUAAGUGAACCAAAGCUCUUGCAAAGAAAAUCAAAUCAACAAAUCCUAUGUAAGAAAUAAGACUUUGCAAUCCUUUUCUAUUUAAUCAAGAAUUGAAAAGUUCCUGAAAAGUAGCCACAGACCAUUUGAGAGCUGGUGAUGUUAUCAUUUGAGUAUAUUUGUGAGUAAAUUAAGUGAGAUUUAAAAACAAAAUUCAAAAUAUAUACCAUCGAAUGCCAUGGAGAGUGAUCAAGUAGUUUCAAAUGAUUAGGCCACUGUAGUUAGCUUGUGUUAGCAUUAGAAAAGUGAAAGGACAGAAAUUUGCAGUGUGGAGGUAUAUAAUCUCAGCUUAGAAUCUGAUCUUGGUAGUCAUACAAAGCAGGAAGCAUUCUCUGGUCCUCAUAUAAGGCUCUCUAGGUGUCUUCUUUUAAACAACUGGCUACUUAUUGACAGGUAAAUAAAAAGUAUAUUUUUACUUGUACACAUUACAAUUGAACAUUUUUCUAUCCCUUUUUAAAUGACCAAGUUUCUAAUAGGCAGUUCAAUAUUGUUUCCUUAAAUAUAAGAAAAUCCCACAUAAGACUUGAGAGGAAAACAAAAGUAUUUGUAUAGAGGAACAUAUGUCCAUGAAAGUAAAGUCAACAAGUAGCAAGCAAUUUUCAUAAUCAUUAGAAAUAUUAAUUAAUUUUGCAUUAGGUCAAGUGAAAUCUCAUAAUGAGAUCUGAAAAAUGUAAGGUUAGGUCUUAGAUGACUUUCCAGAGGAAUGAAAAAAAUUAAUAAUAAAUGUUUACAAAUUCAGUCUUUAUAAUAAAUUUCAAUGCUUACUAUAUCCACCAAACAUAAAAGCUAUUGUAAAAUUUGAAUAUCACCAAAAUCUGAGUUCUGACUUUCUACCAUAAAGUCGAAAGAGUAAAGACUGACAAACCUUACUAUCUCUUCUGAAACCUCUGCUAUUGAGCAUGGAGCAGCCACAGGUUGGAUGACCUGUUCUAUAGUGCAUGUGAAAUGUGUCUGUCAUCUAAAAGUAAAAUAAAUUAGAAAUAGCCUGGGAUUUAAAACCAUACAGAGGUCUUCUGUAAUUAUUUAACAUAUUUUAGGGGACUGGAGAGAUGACUUAGUGGUUAAGGGCUAUUAUUGCUCUUUCAGAACAUGGGUUUGGUUCCAGCACCCACACCGUGACUCACAACCAUCUGUAACUAAAACUCCAAGGGUUUUGAUGCCUUCUUUUGAAGUCAGUAGCUAAACAUGUGUGUGUUACAUAGACAUACAUACACCACAUUUUUAAAAAAGUAGAUUUUACAAAGUUCAUUUAAACAUGCAAAAAUGUCCUUUUUGUUGUUACAUCAAAUAUUCUACCAGUGCUCACAUUGAAGAAAAUAGCAAAUGUAUGAGAUGAGAUCUCUGAGUACAGACACAUAAAUGUAUAGAGACAAGUAUAAAAUGCUGAGAUUAAUUAUAAUGAAAGAAAAUGUUUCACAUAUAUAUAUAGCAUAAUUUGAAUUCAGCAAUAAAGUGUUGCUUGAAUUAAAACAUAUUGAAACAACCUUAGUAUUGUUACUUUUUAUAACAUUGAUUAAAAUAGCACCAUGCUGAAAUUGUUGUUUAACACAAUUAGUGGCCCAAGCAGCAAUUAGGAAAAUACUGUUCUGAUUUUCAUCAGUUUAACAGUUAGUGUUUUAUGCUUUCUUUAUACUGUUAUUAAGCAUUGUUAUUUGCUGUUGUGGCUUGGACUACUUGAAUGAGAAAGUCUAGAAAUUAAUCAAAACACAGAUUUCAGUUUCACAGCAACUUAGGUUCAGAUAUAGAAUUUUUUUUUCAAAAACCCAAGUUUGUGUAUUAAACACAUAUGAGAAUGCUUAAUGAUGUGUUAAUCCUCUAGUGCCUUGGUGGAUGUAUACUCAUAUACAUGUAUUUGGGGAGAAAUUAAAGGGCAUAUUAAAGUGUACAAGCUUAAAGAGAAAUGUAGUUAUUCUGAGUUAGAAACAGGAGUUUAAAAUCAUUUGAAAACUGCUAAGAUAAGAAGGUCUUUUAUGUGAUAAAAAUAACAAAUCAACUGAACUGAAAUAUAUUAAAGCAGGGGCAUUUGAAUUUCUUAUAGUGCAACUUCAAAAACACCUUAAUUGAUGAUUUAAGUACAAUAAAUCCCCAAUACUUCCCAUCUAAUCUUAUUUUUAAAGAGUGGGAUGAGCUAAUAAUUUCUCGCCCAUAUUUCAGGCAUGAACUGACUUGUUUUAAAGCCAUUGAUCAUAAAACUCACCCAGCAAGAAGAAAGACAAUUAAUGCCAAGUCAAUAUUGGCAGACACAGAAAACACUUCCAUAUAGACAGUGUGGUUUUCUUCUGGACACAUUAGCUGAUGAAUCCACAUAUCCCUUAUUUAUGGUGACAAAGAUUGUUCAUAGUAUUGUCCAUGUAGAAUGCUGACAUAAUUGAAGCUUGGUUUAUCACUGAGGAAAACUGAUUCUUAGCAAUCACUUUACUUCACUGUUUCAAACCAGAAGUGUGGAGAAGUGUUCCCAAUCUAAAGACAAGCUUAUACUUAACUCUGCAAGGUAAGUGUCCAUGUUCCAACUUAAUGAUAAACAUUUCACUCCUGUAGGUAUUGAUCAUGAGCUUAAGGACUGACUCUCUUGAUGAGUAUCUCUAGAAUCAUUGAUGAUAUUUUUUUCUGACUCCUUAAUACUUAAAUUCAUGUCACUUUAUAUUAUAGCUUACCCUUAAUGAUAAAUAAAAUAUUAUAAAUGUUAUAUAUUUUAUACAUAUUACAAUGUAGUGACAUAGAAAGAAAAAAUGUAAAUAUCUUUAUUUCCUAUUUAAAUGUUUGGUGUAUAUUUCUAAAAUGUAAAUUCAGAUCUGUAACAACUUGCCACUCUCUCUUUGAGUUCAUCAAUGACUUAUUACAAAAAUAAAGCAAACAGAAAAACCUUUUUUAAUGAAGCAUAUUAAAAAAUAAAAAUAGAAGCUUUUACUACUUCCAA